CAGGAAGCAGGAGAGAAUGAGGAGGAGGAGUGAGAAGAAAACUGGGAUAGCAGACUACUGGAGGAGGACAUCCCGUCACUGAGAACCCCUCCUGCGCAAGUUCUGACCGCUGGAUGAUCACUGAACCAGAAGCAGGUUCUGAUUAAGUCUUUGUUUUAUUUUGUGCUUGUUUUUAGCUACGUGCACCCAGGUGGCGACAGCCUCGCGCUGAGGGACGAGAUGCUGUGAUAUCAUGAGCACAGCCGGCCGAAGGAGAGGGAGGGAGGUAGAGGGAGCUCGGAGAGAGAGGAGGCGGGGAGUCGGCUUCCAUCAGGCCAGCUGAAGAUGCUUGUUGUUUCUAGAAACAAGAUUAACCGUCGGGCUGAGCACUAAACGCGGAUCCUCCUCCGGCGCAAAGAGCGCGCCCCUCUCCGCUGCGGCUGUCCCGACCGGACCGGUGGGCGCAAGCUCUUUGCUUCUUCUUCUUCUUCUAUUUUUUCAUGCUCUUCCUCCUCUUCGUCUGUUUCCUGAUGCAGGGCCGGGGAGGGGGUGAGCCAAAGUGUGCACCGGAUAUUGGAAAACCCAUUCUUCUUGCUGAUGCCGUUGUGAUAAUAGAUUAUAAUCUGGACAACGCCGCAUCCGCACAGACAGGCAGAUCCUGACCAAACGAGGCCUGGGCUUGACAACAGAGGAGAAUGAGGGUGGAGGGGAUUAUGAGGACAUUUUUGGAUGGCAGCAGUUGCGCGGACGGGGGUCCCUGAUAUUGAUCUGAGAAUGGAUUCAAUCAGGGCUUUCUGAGGAUAUUUGAGACUCUGCUCAUACAAAAAUCAAUCAGCGGCAAAUGUAGCCUUCCUGUCCAGGUUUGAAUGAGAUUUUUUUCUUUACUGCUCCACUUUGGCCAGCCAUAAGCUAUAGGAUCAAUCAGCUUUAAACUAGUGUUAUUUAUAGCCUGGGGUGGGUUUCGUGUGACUGUUUGCACUGUUGUGGACGUUUUCCAUCACUGGGUACCAGUCAGACCUCUCCUCAUCAUCAUCUUCUCUGAUCUUUUCUACCUUCCCUUUUAAUGCUGCUGCUGGCGAAGAUUUUAUUACAGGACAUCCACAGGGGAAUCUGGACCGGUUCGCGCUCCCUGCGCGGACCUGACCGCGCCACAAGUGCAAGGGAGUAGCCUGCAGGGCCCGGCUUCAGAUCACGACCAGUCCUCCACCGCACAGCCGCCUGGGAUGUGCGUUAGGGUUUACGCGCGGAGCAGGACCGAGCGCUAUCUCGAUUUGCCUUAUAUCAGGGAGUAGAUUUUUUUUUUUUAUUUAUUUAUUUUUUACCUCGGGAAGAAUGAGCAGCAAGGAGUUGACGGUAGGCCAGUCCAACCAGUAUGUGGGGCCUUACCGGCUGGAGAAGACCCUCGGGAAGGGACAAACAGGACUGGUGAAGUUGGGCGUCCACUGUAUAACCGGCCAGAAGAUGGCCAUAAAGAUUGUGAACAGGGAGAAACUUUCAGAAUCAGUUUUAAUGAAGGUGGAGAGAGAAAUAGCUAUUCUUAAACUAAUAGAGCACCCUCAUGUUCUGAAGCUGCAUGAUGUCUAUGAAAAUAACAAAUACCUGUAUCUGGUGCUGGAGCAUGUGUCCGGUGGAGAGCUGUUUGACUACCUGGUGAAAAAAGGCCGGCUGACCCCUAAAGAGGCCAGGAAGUUCUUCAGACAAAUCAUCUCCGCCCUGGACUUCUGCCACAGUCACUCCAUCUGUCACAGAGACCUAAAGCCAGAGAAUCUUCUCCUGGAUGAGAAGAAUAACAUAAGGGUAGCAGACUUUGGCAUGGCCUCGCUACAAGUCGGGGACAGUCUGCUGGAAACCAGCUGUGGAUCUCCCCAUUAUGCUUGCCCAGAGGUCAUAAGGGGAGAGAAAUAUGAUGGUCGCAGGGCCGAUGUUUGGAGUUGUGGAGUCAUCCUUUUUGCUCUUCUUGUGGGUGCCUUGCCCUUUGACCAUGACAAUCUGAGGCAGCUUCUGGAGAAGGUGAAAAGCGGAGUUUUCCACAUGCCCCACUUUAUACCUCCUGACUGCCAAGCUUUGCUUAAAGGAAUGAUAGAAGUCAAUCCUGACAAGAGACUCACGCUAGAAGCAAUACAGAAGCACCAGUGGUACCAGGGUGGUCGUAACGAGCCUUGCCCAGAGCAACCUCCGCCUCGCUGUGUCUAUGUGAAGAGGAUCCUGUCCUUAACAGAGUUAGACCCAGAUGUCCUGGAAAGCAUGUACUCUUUAGGGUGCUUCAGAGACAGGGUGAAACUCACACAGGACCUAACAAGUGAGGAGGACAACCAGGAGAAAAUGAUCUACUACCUCCUGUUGGACAGGAAGGAGCGAUACCCCAGCUGUGAGGAUGAGGACCUGCCACCCAGAAAUGACGCUGACCCACCCAGGAAGCGUGUGGACUCGCCGAUGCUGACACGUCACGGCCGAUGUAGUCCGGCAAGGAAGAGCUUAGAGGUCCUCAGUGUCACUGACCAAGGGUCUCCGACCCCACCUCGCAGAGCCCUGAAUAUAAGUGCUCACAGUCAGAGGUCUCGUUCCGUCAGCGGAGCAUCCACGGGUCUGUCCUCCAGUCCUCUUAGCAGUCCCAGGAGUCCGGUCUUCACUUUCAACCAAUCAGAGGUCACCUCCACCUCCGCUUCCUCCUCCAAAGACCCCAAACCAGGAAGUGCCACCACCCCUCGGCCUACCCGUCCGACACCUGACUCAAAAACCCAGACCCUUCCCUCAAAGGGUCCCGCUGAACGGAACAAGCUCCACUCCAUGAAGUCCCUCCCCCUCCAGACUCCACGUUCUCCUUCCCCUUCCCCCUCCCCCAUCCUCUCCCCCAUCCCACGCUUCUUUAACUUCCCCUCUCCAUCCGUCUUCAAGUCCAAGAAUGUCCACUCGUCCUCUAACUCGUCUGCCACCCCUCCUCCUGUGUCGCAGGUCACGCCGCAGGGCUCACCGCUGCCGACCCCUCUGGGCACACCCGUGCACCAUAUCCAACACCCCUCCUCCACCACUCCUCCCUCCUCCUCUUCCUCAUCAUCUUCUUCCAGAGCGGAUGGAGGCGGUGGGGCUUCGUUGUCGCUGACCCCGCCUUCCAGCCCUGGCGGCAGCGGCGGAUUGGCUGCCUCAAGCUCCGCCCACUGGAGAACGAGGCUUAACUCGUUCAAAAACAACCUGCUGGGUUCCCCGCGCUUUCAUCGGCGCAAACUGCAAGUUCCUACAUCAGAAGACAUGUCCAGUUUGACUCCAGAGUCCAGUCCAGAACUGGCUAAGCGGUCUUGGUUUGGAAACUUUAUCACCCUGGAGAAGGAGGAGCAGAUCUUUGUGCUGAUUAGAGAUAAGCCGCUCAGCUCAAUCAAAGCAGACAUCGUCCACGCCUUUCUGUCCAUUCCCUCCAUCAGCCACAGUGUGGUGGCUCAGAACAGUUUCCGGGCAGAGUAUAAGUCCUCCGGUGGCCCCUCUGUCUUCCAGAAGCCCAUCAAGUUCCAAGUGGACAUCGCUUAUUCUGAGGGAGAGAGGGAACGAGAGAGGGAACGAGCAGAGAGAGAGGGAAGAAGAGAGACGGGUAUCUACAGCGUCACCUUCACUUUAUUAGCAGGUCCCAGUCGUAGAUUCAAAAGAGUUGUAGAAACCAUUCAGGCUCAGCUGCUCAGCACCCACGAUCAGCCUUCUGUGCAGGCAUUGGCUGAUGAGAAGAAUGGCCAGCUUUCCCGGCAACCCAGCGCUCCUUCACGUCAGAACUCUAAGCGCUCCGAAAGUGGAUCAGAUCAGGGAGAACGGGAUCACGUGGCAGAUGGGGUGAGCAGUAGCGCCAGCAGCAGCAGGAACGGCUUACAACGGCCAGAGUCGGGGAAAGACAAGAGUAGACUUCUUGCAUCAUCCAAUGGGACACAGUCUCACCCUUGAAAAGAAUGUUGUGGAAGAGAAGUGAAGACCUGCCAGGCUUUUCUCUCUUCCUCCCCUCAGUCCUUUCUACAUUCUCUCCUCCCCACUUCCCAUACUUCCUGCCAUGUUUCCUACCUUUAGUCCCAGGCCAUGGGAUGGAAGGAGGAGAAGAUUUUUCUUGAAGAUGAUUUAGGGGAUUUGAUGGAUUCCCUUAAAAAUGGCUGCAUUUGGAAGAAAUGUAUGACACGUUGAGCUGAUCUCUAGUCGGCCCUCAACAGUAACUUGACCCUGAAAGGAUAACUGUAAGUGACGUCCUAAAAAGCCACCUUCCUAUAGAAAUACAGGGAAAGCUCACAACCAGGGAAACAAGUAAUCCACCCAUUGCACCGAUCAAGAAAGCACAUGAAGUUUCCAGUGACCAGUUGCAACACUUUGUUCCCACUUAGCUGGCAAAAUGGACCAGGAAGAUGGAGGCCAGUGAUGGAGCACAUCAAGGCGUUGUCAUUAAUCAUUACCUGGUCAUCAACAUUUCAUCACCUGCCUCAUCUAGUCUUAUCUGAUGAGUUAUCUGUCAGGAAGCCCUCUCUUUUCUUCACUCUCUAAUAGACGACAAAUGGUUUUUCUCAAGCAAAGCAACAAAAUGAGGUUGAAAAUUAUAAGAAUUUUUCAUUUUUCAUUGGUUAAGUGGAUUUAUUUACAUUUAUGCUAAGCUUUAACAAUCAAAGAGUAAGGAGCAACUCAAUCGUGAAGGUAAAAAUAAAACAAAAAAAGGUUUGCCUAACUAAAUAGUUUGCUGUAAAACAACAAAGUUUGGACACCAGAUGCACCAUUCAGCGGCACCGCCACCUUUUUAUUGUUCCCUAAUAAACAUAAAUACCAUAAAAAAGCAAUGGUUUGCCUACUGUAUGGUAACCCAAAGGGGACAUGCAUCCUAGUCAAAAACCCCCAAAUAUUAAAGAAAAGGUUGGUCUAAUACAAUCAUAUCCUACGAACUCUUAUAAGUAAGCACAGUAUCAGAAUUAGUAAAAGACACUUAAUUCAGGUGCUCAAGGGGUAUGGUUUGAAAGUAAAACAAUAUGUGGGAAUAGGGCAAGUGAUGAUGCCUUAGUAAUGUGUGGUUAUGACUUAGUUAACUCAUUCCUAUGUGCAAGUAAUAUGUGGUCAUGCAAUGAAAUAUAUUUUUUUCACCAGAUGGGCUCCAUAGAUUUACUCCAGUUUUAAGCAAAUUAGCCACACAAGUCAAAAUACCUGCUGAAGGAAAUUGAGCUGAAAAUGUAAGAGACAAAACAGGGGAUUGAUUUGUAAAAAACAAUAAUUAGUUUGGCUAGAACUGAAAAUCUGUUUGAUUUAAAGUCCAGAGUUUUUUUCUGGUCCUACGUUUACAACAAUCAUUUCCUGUGCAUAAUAAUUUGUUCAUUGACGUUUUCCUGUUUCACAUAUUGGUUAUGAAGCCUUGCCAUCCAAGAGAGUCUGUCGGAGAGGAAGGCAACAAAGUCAUUAGCCCAGUCUUUAGCCAAAGCUAAUAUGAGGCUUUAGAAUAUCACUAAACUCCUUCUCCCACACAGCUCUAGUCAUGACUAGAGACAGCUGCCAAUUAAUCUUUGAUUAUUUUGUGAGAGAUUAUUUGGUUUUUUUGGCCUUUCAACACAUCAAUGAAUCACCAAGUGCAUACUGGAACCCCUGUAACGAUUAAAAAUGUGUUGAUUCAGCUAGCAUUAACUUAAUUAACAUGCGUGCAAAGCUGUUGCUAGCACUCUGAGGGAUUCUGUUUGGUUUCCUAACCUGUCUAAACAACAAA